CUCCCCGCCUCGCCCGCCGGUCCGUCUGUCCGCGCUAGCUGCUGUCAGAGACGAGGUGUAUGCUGAGCCGCUGUCGCUGCCGCUUGCUGCGCACCAUUAACGCCCGACCGCUGCCGCCGAUCCUCCCGUCGCUUCUCCUCUCCCCUCGCCGCCUCAUGAAGCCGGUGGUCGUGUUCGUCCUCGGCGGUCCCGGCGCCGGCAAGGGGACCCAGUGCGCCCGCAUCGUCGAGAAAUACGGCUAUACACAUCUAUCUGCAGGAGAACUUCUUCGUGAUGAAAGGAAAAACCCAGAUUCACAGUAUGGUGAACUCAUUGAAAAGUACAUUAAAGAAGGAAAGAUUGUUCCAGUUGAGAUAACGAUCAGUUUGCUGAAGAGGGAAAUGGAUCAAACAAUGGCUGCCAAUGCUCAGAAGAAUAAAUUCUUGAUUGAUGGGUUUCCAAGAAAUCAAGACAAUCUUCAAGGUUGGAACAAGACCAUGGAUGGAAAGGCAGAUGUAUCUUUUGUUUUAUUUUUCGACUGUAAUAAUGAGAUCUGUAUUGAACGGUGCCUUGAGAGAGGGAAAAGUAGUGGUAGGAGUGAUGACAACAGAGAGAGCUUGGAAAAGAGAAUUCAGACUUAUCUUCAGUCAACAAAACCAAUUAUUGAUCUAUAUGAGGAAAUGGGGAAAGUUAAGAAAAUAGAUGCUUCUAAAUCGGUGGAUGAAGUUUUUGAUGAUGUGGUGAAGAUUUUUGACAAAGAAGGCUAAAUUCAAACCCUAUAGCAUCCUUGAAAUCAUGCUUGAAUAUUGCUUUGAUAGCUGCUACUACAACCCCUUUUUAAGGCAAUUUUAGUGUUUAAAAAUUACAUCUCAAUGCUAGAAAAUCUAUAGUAAGACAGAUUUUUAAAUUUUUUUUUUAAAUUUUGUCACAACAAUAGACUGAAUUCAGGUUUAACUUCAUCGUAGUUAUUAUGGUGCUCACCAAACAAAGAAGGGUAUCAGCUAGUUCCUUGUUUUUAUUGAAAAGACUAUCCCUUUUAUAGUUCGUGCCUUCUGUGAGCAAAAUAUUUUAGUGUGCAUGUUUGUCCCUUGUAAUACUAUACCAUGUUAGGAUUAGGGAUUCCCACUUCCUCUUUUUCUUACAGGUUUUAAAUUUGAAACCUGUUAAGCAAAUUUGUGGACCAAAUUUCAAAGGAAUUUUCUGGGAAGCCAGUUCUUGCUCAAGGUCUUCAGUACACAAAGUCAUAAAAAUGGAUUUCUAGCAGUGCUUUAAUGUUUAUCAAGUAACUGACCAUCGCCUAUACAAAGAAAAUUUAGGCUUUGAUUUAUUAUGACUUGUACAAAGUUGUAUGACAGGGCAUACAUAGUCUUUGCUUCUGAGGUUUGGGUUGAGGGCACAGGGGUUCAGAGCCUGACAAAAUUGUCAGCCUUAUUCUGACAAAUUCCGAGGGUGUGGGGCAAGGAUCACAUCUAAUGACUCGUGUUCCUUAAGCUCUAUCAAUGGUGUUAUUCAUUUUAACAAAAUUAUUCACAAUGAAACCUUGAAAUGCAUGUGCUAGAUUUAUGUUAAAAUGAUUCUGUUCUCAUUUUAAGGGUUUUUUUUUGUUGUUUGUUUU